CACCAUUGAUAAACUCUGAGUGCUGACAGACACAAAACACACAACAUCAUCAAUCACACUGAAGCACAGCUCAACAUGAGGGUGGUAAACAUGGGUCCUGACCCCUCUUUGGCAUAUCGACCUGAAUGUCACGAGAAAGACAAAACUGAAUUCAGGAACUUUGAGAAAGGAGAUCUGUUUGACCGUGUGUUAAACACAUACAAGCUGAUGCACACACACCAAACGCUGGACUUUGUCAAGCAGAAGCACCAGGUGUGGUCGAACUGCAGUCACUUCAGCUUGUCCAUGAUGGACAGCAUCGACUCCCUGGACGAGCUGGUGGAUGAAUCCGACCCCGAUGUUGACUUCCCCAACUCCUUCCAUGCGUUUCAGACGGCCGAGGGAAUCCGCAGAGAGCAUCCUGAUAAAGACUGGUUUCAGCUUGUUGGUCUGAUCCAUGAUGUUGGAAAGGUCAUGGCAUUGUACGGCGAGCCGCAGUGGGCUGUAGUUGGAGACACAUACCCAGUGGGAUGCAAGUUCCAGAAUUCAAUAGUGUUCAGAGACUCGACAUUUGAAGGCAAUCCAGAUGAAAAGAACCCUGCACUCAACACAGAAUUUGGGAUUUAUGAACCACAAUGUGGCCUUGAUAAGGUGCUAAUGUCUUGGGGACAUGAUGAGUAUCUAUACCAGGUCAUGAAGUUCAACAAGUGCACAAUACCUGAGGAGGGUCUUUACAUGAUCCGUUUCCACUCCUUCUACCCCUGGCAUUCCAACGACGACUAUAUGCACUUAUGCAACGAAAAAGACCAGCAAAUGCUGCCCUGGGUCAAAGAGUUUAACAAGUUUGAUUUGUACACCAAGAGCACUGAACUACCAGACGUGGAGAGGCUGAAGCCAUAUUAUCAGUCUCUCAUUGAUAAAUACUGCCCCGGGGUACUGCAGUGGUAAAUGUGUGCCGUAAUUCUGUGAAUGUGUCUAAUUCCAGUGACACACACUCAUUUGUUAAUACUGAAUGAUAGCGUAAAUCAUGUGGAUUUGCUGAAAAAAAGGCUAGCACUAUAUAGAUGUUUUGAAUGAAAAUUAAAAGACCACUGAAAAUUCAGUUUGUUCCAGAUUUACUAGAUUUAUCAGGCAAAAUGAAUGAAAUAUAAUUAGUAAUUUAAAGCAUUUGUUUUUCUCAGAAAAUGAUAAUUGGUCAAAAUAACAAAUAUUUUCAUUUGCUGUGAUUGAAAGUCCAAAUUUAUUCCACCAAAUAUUGGCUUUUAACACUUCUAAAGUUAAAACAUUGAUGUUGUGCUGUCUAAAACUGUAUAUAAAUACAUAUUUUUUAAUUUAAUGUAAAAUAAGGAGCUCUAAAAUCACAACAUUUUUUUAAAUCCAAAAUACUGAAAGUUUUCAAGUGGUCUCUUAAUUAUUUUUCUACAGUGAUUAAAACAAAAUUGUAUGCAUGUGUUUUAUUAUUAUUCUAGUAAAACUUUACAAAAUAGUUCUAUUUGUUAAUAUUAGUUAAUUGCAUUAGAACACAUUGAUCGCAAUAAAAUGUGUAAAUCAAUAUUUUUACAUGAACCAAGCCAGCAGGUACAGGACACCAACAUGAUGUCAGAUUGACGUCGUACCCCAACGUCAUGGGGACGUUGCAUUUUGUUUGAAAAUGAAAAUCAAGUUGAUGUCAGAACCCAACCUCAGGUCAACAUCAAUGUCCAACAUCCAACCUAAAAAUCAACCAAAUAUCAACGUCUAAUGAUGUUGUGUGGAUGUUACCAAUAUGACGUCUAUCAGAUGUUUGAUUUUGUUUGCCAAACCUGACGAAUAAAUGUCAGUAUCUGACAUCAAUAUGAAGAUGUUGGCUCGAUGUUGGAAUUUGGUCAGUUUCCAAACCAACCUAAAAUCAACCAAAUUUCAACGUCAUUUGAGGUCGUAAUGGAAAUACUGACAAUUUUCAAGUGGUCUAUUAAUUAGUUUUCCACAAGAGAUUAAAAAAAUUGUAUGCAUGUGUUUUAUCAUUAUUCUUGUAAAACUUUACCAUAUGGUUACAUUUGUUAAUAUUAGUUAACUGCAUUAGAACGUAUUUUGAUUGUAAUAAAAUGUGUAAAUCAAUAUUUUUUACAUGAACCAAGUCAGCAGGUACCGGACACGAACAUGACGUCAGUCUGACAUUGUACCCCAAUGUCGUAGGGAUGUUGCAUUUUGUUUUGAAAUAAAAUCGAGUUGAUGUCAGAACCCAACCUCAGGCCAACGUCAAUGUCCAACCUAAAAUCAACAUCUAAUGAUUUUACAGCUUGAAGAUGUGUGGAUGUUACCAAUAUGACGUCUAUCAGACGUUUGAUUUUGGUUGCCAUACCUGAUGAAUAAAUGUCAGUAUCGAACAUCAAUAUGACGUUGGUUUAACAUGCUGGAAUUUGGUCAGUUUCCAACACAACCUAAAAUCAACCAAAUUUCAACAUCAUUUGAGGUCCUUAAUGGAAAUACUGACAAUUUUCAAGUGGUCUAUUAAUAAUUUUUCCAUAGAGAUUA